AUGCUUGGAAAUUUAAACUCACAAGGGACAUCUGUCUUGACGGACAGUCCAAAACUCAAACUCACAAUCCAAUCAGGAGCUGCACGACGAAUUAACAAAGAAGAACCAGCACUAACCACCGGGUACUGGACAUCGAAUUGCAGGAAAUCUGGAACAAUCGUCAAAAAUUCGGAGUACCCAAUAGGGCAGUGUAGUUUCGGCAGUCAAAUGCUGUUGAAACUACUUCAGCAGCAAAUCAUAUUAUCGGCCUUGACGAAUCAUGAACCGAAGCAUGACCUUAUUGAGCAUCAGCACCGAAAAGCACAAAAAAAAACAGAGCGAGUAGAAAAGAAACAGCAGAACAUCUGUGUUGCGCGAAGGUCAGAGGCGAAUGCUAGAGAAAGAAAUCGAGUACAGCAUCUGGCCGAUAUGUUCGAACGACUUAAAUCCGUCUUGCCGAUUGAGUACGAUGUGAAAAUAUCAAAGUUGGCAACACUAAGGAUCGCCUCCGCCUACAUCGGCUAUCUUGGCUGUGUCUUGGAUACAGGCAACGUGUUCCGUCUGUUAGAAAGCGAGCAACAUCUGAUGCUUAGCAUUUGUGAAGCGAGGAUGUUUUCAAGAAAAGUUUAA